UUGAGUCAUUUUAAGACCAUUUCAUAAAAUGAGAUAAAAAUGAUGUAUAUAUGAUAUAAUUUGUAAAAAUGAUCUAAAUAUGAUCCUAUUAUGAUCAUCUAAAAAUGAUGUAUUUAUGUAUCAUUUUUAUAUCAUAUCUCUGAGAUCAUAGAUGUGACAUUUAUGUGUCAUUUUUACAUCAUUUUUAACUUCUAAUCUAAAAUCAUCAUUUUCUUACAACUAUAUUUGUCACAUGUUAUGAUCAUAAUUAGAUCAUAUCAUUUAUGUGUAUUAGAUUAGUCAUUUAUGGGACAUUAUGACACAAACGAAAGUAGCACUUUUUAUGGAAUUAUGCGCAUUUAUCUUCUACCACUUUUCACAAACACUGUACAGAGUUGAGCCUAGCGACUAAAAGAUAGUAAAGUUAAUUUCUGAUAUUUUUCACUCCAACGUCGACCCCCAAAAACCCUGCCUUCAGGGUGAAAACCCCUUCUUAAACUUUAUUUUCCGUUUUCGCCGUGAAGGAAGUGUUUUCCAAGGUGGAACUAGAAGUGAAAAAAUGUCAAAAAUUAAGUUUACUAUCUAUCAGUCUCUAGGCUCAACUCUCUACAGUGUUUGUGGAAAAAACUAGAGGCCAAUUAAUCAAAAUUACUAGUUUUUUUUAAACUUCAAAGUGAAAAUCCCAAGACAGAAGGAACAAAGACAUGUAUAUUUGUAUAGCCGUGUGAUGUAGUGGAUAGCAUCGUAGACUUCUGAUCUACAGGUUCAGGGUUCGAAUCUCUGCAUGAGCUGUUUCGUAUUUUUUCUUUGCAUUUCUUAUCUAAUAAAUAGUCUUAAAAUGGUCUUAAAAUGAGGCAAAAAUGAUCUAAACUGGAUCAUAAUAAGCUCAUAUUUUGAUGACCAUAAUAAGAUGAUAUUUAUCCCAUAAAAAAAUGACAUAAUUAUGACUACAUUAUGAUACAAUAAAUGAGAUAAAUAUGGGAGAGAUAUGAUUUAAAAAUGAGCCAUAUAUGGCACAUAAUGAGUCAUUCAUGGCUCAUUUUUCACGGCCUGGGAAUAUUUCAAAUACACUAUAAUCAAUAAGCUAAUGAAGGAAGCGUCUCAAGUGAUACUCUUGUUUUGUGUUAAAAGCUGGUUUUUAAUGCAUCAUUUUUUAUCCUGAUUUCGAAUCUAACGUCUCUUUCAGCAGUUAAGCCUAUCCUAAGUGACUCUCUGCUGCAUCUGAAGCGCCGGAAGUCCAGCACCAAGAUUCGAAUCAAAAGAGUAUUUAGUAGAGAGUCACCUAGGAUAGGCCUAACUGCUGAAAGAGAUGACAGAUUCGAAAUCAGGAUAAAAAAUGAUGCAUUAAAAACCAGUUUUUAACAUAAAACAACAGUAUCACUUGAAGCUUUCCUUAUAAGCUAACUAAGAAGGCAGAAAUGGAAGUCAAAAUUUGUUUUCAGCAUAUAAUCCUGUAUUUUGAGUUUUUGUUGAGCUUUAUUCGUUCAACCGUGUACUUUUAGUUUCCAGUGAAUUAAUUUUUGAUGCUAAUAUAAAAUUGAAAACAUGUUUAUUUCCUUAUAUAAGUGUCGACAAUGUUGUGUUUGAAAUAUUACCGUUGUCCGAACAAAUAUCAUCAAUUCAAAAAUUAACAAUCAGUUUACAUCAUUAUGCUGAUUUAAUUUAUUUAUUGAAUAGUUUACCAUUAGUCAAUUAUCUGAGUGUAAAUAUCUACGAAAACGGUGAUGACCGACUGGUACCAUCAUUCUAUAACAAAUUGAAAUAUUUGAAGCAUUUUGUUUUAGUCGGUAUGAGCGUAACAGUCAAUUAUGAGUUUAUCGAAUUGUUAUUACGACACAUUGCAGAUCAUUUGGAGUAUUUAUCAUUAAAUUUAUCAUUUCGUUUGCGUAGAACUACAUGGAUCGAUGGUGAUUAUUUAUAUAAAAGUUUUUUAUCUCAUAUGAAAUAUUUAAAACGAUUUCAUUUUUAUCUAACAUGUUUAAUGAUACCAAACAUUUUGAAUGAGACAACAACUUCAACACAAAUUAUUUCAACAUUUAGAAAUAAUUUUUGGUUAAAUGAUAAAAAGUUUCAUGUUGGAUGUUAUCUAGAUCAUUUUAGGGAUAUUUCCCGUUUAUGUUUAUAUUCAUUAUCAUUUCAUUAUGAUAAAAUGUCAUAUGUAUCAAAUAAUUUUUUAAAUGAUCAACAACAAAAUUUCAAGAAUAAUUCGUCAACAAAUUGGGCAAAUGUCCAACGUAUACAUUUAUAUGAUGACUAUAAACCAUUUCCAUUAGAGUUUUUCAAUAUGAUUAAUCAAACAUUUUUAAAUUUAACUGAAUUACACAUAGCUCCAUUAGGUCCAACAUUAGACUAUGUAACAUUAUCUAGUGGAACAAAUGAAUUCCAAGAUGCACAAUUACGUCCAAUAUGUCAACGUAUUAAGAGAUUAACGUUAACGCACAGUGAUAACCAGAGGCAAUGGGCGCAUCAAGAUGAUUUCAGAGCAUAUCUGAGGUAUUUUACUAGAUAUGGAUGAAAUAGAAUUGUAUUAGUGUGCCUGUGUAACUUCGUACUAAUGUUUUUAUUUGACCCUAUUGUUAAUAGUGUAAUUGAGCGAUUAUUUCAUCUAAUUCAUGACUCAUUUACAUAAUGUAUUCAAGCUAGUUCCUAUCAGAACUGACAAUGUUUUAGAUUUUUAUUUCGUUCUGAUUGAUGAUUAUUAGGUGAGGAUGGUUUUGAUGUAAUUUUCGCUGGUGUUCUAUUUUUAUUAACAAAGUUUGGUUGUUUUUCCUUCGUUUUCUUGUGGCUAUCAGAUUUAACAGAUGUUGCUUUUGUUAAUGAUGCCGUUGAAUUGACGAAUAUGACAUAAUAAUAGGAUAAUAAUAAAAACAUAACUAAAAAGAAAAGAAAACACCUGAUCUAUGUUGAUCAGUAUCUGAGGGCAUCAGAGGGCAUAUCAGUCGAAAGCAACAAAAGUCGAUUCACACAAAAGUAGUCAAUCAGUUACGGAUGGUUCUAUAAAGCUUUUUGUUGUACAUACAUUCCAUCCUUUAUCUAAUUCUAAAAAAUAAUGAUAUUCAAAUAAAUGAAAAGAAUGAGAAUUCUGAUGGUCCAAUGUUAUCAGUGUACUAGUGUCUUCAACAAAUUCAUCAUUGACGGUAUUUUUAGAAAAGAUCGUCAGGUUAACCAUGGGUUGUAGUAAACUGAUACGAAAACUGAAAAUUGCUGUCUGGUUGAGUUGAAUCAUAUAAGUCAUUCUGGUUCUAGUGUAUUCUAUAUUUUUCAGGAAGCAAGAUAAAUUUGUAAUGCUUUAACAGCAAGUGUCUCAAAGCGAAUGGGCAAAAUCGACUAUUAAAUAGUUGGCGAUGUUCGUUUCGUUCUGCACUCAACUAUAACUCCAGAAAAGCCAUUUUGGGGGUUUUUCGCCUGUUACCGUCAAAAAUAAAAAGCCCUAUAUUUCACUCAUCUCUUGUCCAAAACGACUGAAAUUUUCAGAGAAUGAUUGAUCAUAGAAUACAGAUCCAGUCAAAAAACAUUACAUAGGAUAUAUUAGUGGAUCGCUGGAAAACUCCCUACGAAACCAUAGUUUAGAUCAGGUUUUUCUACUAGUUCCGCAUUCUGUGAUGUAGGAAAUGUUAGAAUUUCAGUAUUUUAAACUUAUCCUUAUACAGUGGUCGAUAGCCACUCUUAUAUAAAGUGCCAGAAUCUCAGAAUUUCAGAAUUUUGAUCUUAUCCUUAUACAGUGUGCGAU